AUGGCAACAUCUAUGUCAGCUAAUUGUCUAAUUUCACCUGAACCUUUAUUAGAACAAUUUAAUUGUCCAAUAUGUUUGAAUAUAAUGAAAGAUGUUUGGGUAACAAAUUGUUUUCAUCGUUUUUGUGAAAAUUGUAUCAAAGAAUCUGUCAAUGCAUCUCAUCGAUGUCCAUUAUGUAAUAAAGGUUUACAACAAGAAGAUGUUCAACGUGAUGCUCAAUACAAUAGUUUACUUGAAACAAUUGACAAAGCUAUUCAAGAUGCCGAAUCACAAAAAGCGAAAUCAUUUGCUAAUCAAAUUGUUAAUCAAAUUGGUGAUAAUUCAGUACGAACAAUUCUUGAAGAACUUUUUCGUGAUACACUCGUAACUUCAUUAGCAAAUCAUUUAACAAGUGAAAAUGAUAUGCGAAGUCGUUAUAAACGUAAAAAAGCUGAUAUUGAACAAACAUUUAAUCGAGCUAUAGUUGAACUUCAAGAAAAAAAAUUACCAAAAGAACAAUAUAAAAGAGAACUUGAGGAAAAAACUGAUCAAUUUCGCCAAGAAAUUAAUGGACUUGAUGAAGAAAUUCGUAAUGUUCAAAUACUUUUUAUUGAGGCAUAUAAAAAUCAUCUUAUUGAACAUGUAUCAAAUUUUGGUGCUGUUUCAACACAAGUUCGAGUUACUUUAUGGAAAGAUGAUCAUUUAUAUAUGAAUAAAGAUGGACAAUAUCUACUAAAAUUAAUGCGCCCUGAAGAUCAAAUGACAGUAUUAUUGUCAGCAUUGGAUGAACUUUUAACAUUAAAAUCUGAUAAAAUAUCUAAACUUGGUGAUGUUGUAUUUUUUACUUGUAUUAAUCCUUUUAAUGAUCUAUCCGAACAAGCAGUAAUAAGACAACUCAGAAGAAUGGAUACAGAUGAUGAUGAUAAUAAUAAUGAUCUAUUAACUGUAUCACGUAAUUGUCGACCUAUUUUAGAACAUAAAUUAUUACGAGGAACACUUGUUGUUAUUCAUGGUGAUAUUUUAUUGGAGAGUGAAGUUCCAAAACAAUGUUUUAUACAAACUUUUAAUGAAAAUCCUAAUCAAGAACAUCUAGUUGAUUAUUUUGAAUGUAAACAAUGUGUAAGAAAUGGUCAACCAUUAAGAUGGAUUUGUCAAUCUUGUGCAUCUGUUUGUCAUAAAAGUAAGUCAAUACUUUAUCGAGAUUUAUGA